GAGAGGAGGGAGGGAGGAGGAGGAGGAAGGGAUGCCAGGCAAGGUUGCUUGAGGAUUUUUACAAUCUCAAGCCGGCUAGGCGGGCAGGCAGCAAAAGGGAGUGAGAGGGCGUGUGACAAGAGCCAGGCAACUGUCUCUAAAGCCUCUCCAAGGGUGGGAGACGGCUGGGAAUAGUUGCUGUGGCAAUCCCCAACCAUUGUGCCUGCAGCAAGCCAUCAAGCAUGUCUGGGACACUCUACUUUUGUCUCUUCUGUCUCAGCCUCCACCUCCUGGGGAGUUCAGCCUUCAAUCUAGAUGUUAGCGAAACCAUCCUCAAGUAUGGAGACAACGGCAGCUUCUUUGGCUUCUCGGUGGCAUUGCACCAGCAGCUCAGACCACAGCCUGUCAGCUGGUUGUUGGUGGGAGCGCCACAGGCUGCUGCUUUGCUGGGUCAAAAGGCCAACAGGACUGGCGGCUUGUACGCCUGCCCCCUGACCCAUGAGAUUAAUGACUGCCAACGAGUGUCCAUUGAUGACGGAGUUGACCUGAAGAAGGAGAGCAAGGAGAACCAAUGGCUGGGAGUCACCGUCAAGAGCCAGGGCCCCGGCGGCAAGAUUGUGACCUGUGCCCACUUGUACGAAGCACGUAACCGGGUAAAUGAAUCUCUGGAGACGAGAGACGUGAUUGGCCGCUGCUACGUCCUCAGCGAGGGGUUUGACGUGGCUGAUGAACUGGAUGGUGGCGAAUGGAAAUUCUGCGAAGGGCGGCCACAGGGGCACGAUCGCUUUGGCUUCUGCCAGCAGGGGGUAGCCACCGGCUUUACUGCAGAUAGGCAUUAUAUCCUCUUUGGUGCACCUGGCACCUACAACUGGAAGGGGACCAUACGGGCAGAGCUGAGUGGCUUGAAUUUGAGUUACUACGACGACGGGCCGUAUGAAGCCGGGGGAGAAAAGGACCAGGACCCCUCGCUUAUCCCCUUGCCUGCCAACAGCUACCUUGGGAUAUUGUUUGUGACAAACAUUGAUAGCUCAGACCCUGACCAGCUGGUCUAUAAAACGCCAGAGCCCAACGAACGGGUUCCCGGAAGUGUUGGAGAUGUGGCCCAGAAUAGCUACUUAGGCUUUUCUCUUGACUCUGGAGUGGGGAUUACCAGGAAGAAUGAGCUGAGUUUUGUAACAGGGGCUCCCCGAGCCAACCAUACUGGGGCAGUAGUGAUCCUGCACAAAGACAACGUCAACCGCCUAGUACCUGAGGUUAUCAUCCCAGGGGAGAAGCUCACCUCAUCCUUUGGCUAUUCCUUGGCUGUGGUGGAUCUCAACCAUGAUGGCUGGAUGGACUUGGUGGUUGGAGCACCAAACCUCUUUGAUCGCAAGGAAGGGAUUGGAGGCGCAGUCUAUGUUUACAUCAACCAGGCAGGGCGCUGGGAAAAUGUCCUCCCCAUACGCCUCAAUGGCUCCUCCGACUCCAUGUUUGGUAUCACAGUGGGUGCUGUUGGUGACCUCAAUCAAGAUGGCUUCCAAGACUUUGCAGUUGGAGCCCCAUUGGAUGGUGAUGGCAAGGUCUACAUUUAUCAUGGCAGUAAUUUGGGGAUUGUCACCAAACCUGCUCAGAUCCUGACCGGGGAGAGUGUUGGCAUCAAGAUGUUUGGAUAUUCCUUUUCUGGAGGGUUGGAUAUUGAUGGCAACCUCUAUCCAGAUCUCCUGGUGGGAUCACUCUCCAAUACGGUAGUGCUGUACAGAUCCCGACCUGUCGUCCACAUCUCCAGAAAUGUCACCAUCUCCCCCCAGAAUGUCGACCUGGAGGCCAUGAACUGCCGCCACCACACGGGUGUCUGUGUGGAUGUGAGAGCCUGCUUCAGCUACACAGCCAACCCCUCAAGCUACAGGCCAUUCAUCAUGCUUGAGUACACUUUUGAUGCCGAUACUGACCGCCGGGAAUCAGGCCAGACUUCCAGGGUCGCCUUCCACAACCGGAAGCUCACAGACCCGGAACAUCAGUUCUCCGGGGUGGUGGAGCUGCCCAAGCAACACGUCCGUUCUUGUACCAAGGCCACGUUACAGCUGAAGGACCAAGUCCGAGACAAGCUGCGUCCCAUUGUUGUGGUGAUGAGCUACAACCUCAAGCAUGCCCGCAGCAGGCGCCAGGCCCAAGAAGCCAUGCUGGGUCCAUUGAUGCCUGUGCUGAAUGCCUUGCCACCCAGCACUCAGAAGACAGAGGUGAAUUUCCUCAAGCAGGGAUGUGGGGAGGACAAGAUCUGUCAGAGCAAUCUGCAACUGAAGUACUGGUUCUGCUCUCGUGUUGAUGAUGCUGUGUUCCAUCACCUGCCCAGGGGUGAUGACAACUUGGAUGUUUUUUCCAUGAGUGACCAAAAAGUUGUAGCCCUUGAGAUCCAUGUCACCAACUUUCCUUCAGAUGCAGCUGAGCCACAACGGGAUGGAGAUGAUGCCCAUGAAGCCAUGCUGUUUGUCUUUCUGCCACCUACCUUGCCUUACUCUGCUUUGCGCCCCUACAAUGCCACGGAGAAGGCCCCAUCCUGUAUGUCUAACCAGAAUGCCUCUAGUGUGGAAUGUGAGCUUGGGAACCCCAUGAAACGUGGAGCACAGGUUCGGUUCUAUCUUGUUCUGGAAACCUCCGGCAUUACCUUGGAGACUACAGAGCUCGAAGUGGGGCUAGAACUUAGCACGAUCUCGGAGCAGCCUGGGUUGGCCCCAGUGGUAGCACGUGCCCGUGUGAUCAUGGAGCUUCCCCUCUAUGUUUCUGGAGUGGCUGAACCACAGCAGCUCUUCUUCAGUGGAGAGGUGCGGGGUGAAAGUGCUAUGGAGCGGGAGAGUGAGGUGGGCAGUCCUGUGCACUAUAAAGUGACGGUCUCAAACAGAGGUCAUUCAUUGAAUACGCUGGGCUCAGCUUUCCUCAAUCUCAUGUGGCCCCAUGAAAUUGCAAAUGGAAAGUGGCUCCUCUACCCCCUGAAACUGCAGCUGGAGCCAUCAAACCAGCCUCAGCAUCGCACAAUCUGCACGCCAGAACCCAACCCACUAAAACUGGCUCUGGAGCCUCUUCACCAGGGUAGGACGAAGCGAGAGGUUGAACAGACAGAGAUGUCCAGCCGGUCACUGACUUAUCGGGAAAAGCGAAAAAAUAUUACAUUGGAUUGCGCUCAGGGCACUGCUCAUUGUCAGGUCUUCCAGUGCCCGCUCUACAGCUUUGACCGCUUGGCUGUGCUCACCAUCUGGGGCCGUCUCUGGAACAGCACCUUCCUAGAGGAGUACUCUGAUAUGACAUCGGUGGAAGUGAUAGUUCGAGCCAACAUCACAGUGAAAUCUACCAUCCGUAACCUGGUUAUGAAGGAUGCCACAACACAGAUCCCCGUGACUGUCUACUUGGAUCCCAGUGUGGCCACGGCACGAGGCGUGCCUUGGUGGAUCAUCCUCAUUGCGGUACUAGCUGGGAUCCUGGUGUUGGGCCUGCUAGUCUCCAUCUUAUGGAAGCUGGGCUUCUUCAAACGUGCCCGCUACCAUGAAGACAAGGUACCACAGUAUAAUGCAGUCAAGAUUCCCCAUCAGGAGCGCCAGCUUUUCCGUGAGGAGAAGACAGGCACCAUCACCAAGAAAGACUGGGUCACUAACUGGAGUGGGGACAGUGAUGGUCAAGUUCCUGUCUCAGCCUAGCUACAUCCUUGUUCUGGCCUCCCCCGGUGGCACACUUCUGAUUGGUAGGGGAGUUGCUGCUGGGGUAGGGUUCUUGCCUGUUGUCCUCUUUGAAAAAUCUGCGGACAUGGACUGUCCCUUUCUUAGGAGGACUCAGCAGAGAUUCAGGGGGACACAUGCUUAACAGUGGAGGUUAUGGUGACAGAUUCUAUAAGGCCAAACGGUCAAAGGAUUUUUCCUGGUACUCUACUUUUUCUUGUAAAGCUGGGUAACAGCUGAUACUGGAAAGUGAAUCAGAGACAGGAGGAGCCCCCUGCACUUCUACGUUCCCAAAGAGUUAUCUGCUGAGAACAAAACUGUAUACUCUGCUGCUAAGAGCUGGAAUUGUACCUAUCUUUCUCUACUCCACUGCAAAUGGGGCAUACAUUUGCUACAUAACCAGAUUGUUUGGGAAUGAAGAGAACUGGAUUCCUUGGGUGUCUUAGAGGAGUUCAAAGCCAAAAAAACCAAAAGCAACCAAACAACCACAUUUUCACACGAUGAAGAAGAUGAGCGACUGCCCUCUUUUGAGCAAGAUCACUUUCUUUACGGUAGCUUUUUGUAAUGUAUUUUGUCUAACUAAUAUCAGAGGGACUCUGAAGUUGAGAGUUAGGCUGAAUCUGAGACACACCUGUGGCCCUCCAGAUGAUGAGACUCCUUCUCCCAUCAAUCUCAACCGACAUGGGCAAUUGUCAGGGAUGAUGGGAACUGUAGUCCAAAACCAUCUAGAAGACCACAGAUUCUUCACCCCUGGUGUAACAACAGAAGUUCUUAACUAAUGCUGUUAAAGGAAUGGCGCCAAAAGAUCCCCUUGGUUGCUCUCUGCUAUGGUUUGCCGCCUUCUCCCAAAACAAGCAACGCUCUUAAGCCAUAGGCACAUGUACCCACAGCAUGUGUAUGGGGUUCAGUCCACUGCUGCCACAUGCCAACUUAGCAGGGGCAGAACCUGCUUCCCCACCAACAGGGAAAACAUUUGUGCCACACAGAAUGCAAAAGGACAUUUGGCAGUCCUCUGCUCUCUGUCUUUGGUCACCACGUGGCAGCAGCAGCAGCCUUAGUUGGGUUCUCACACAUGCACACACACACAUGGUGCAAUACAUCUAUGUCCUGGGUGGUCUAGGCAAGCCCCCUGUUGCUUUGGUCACAGUUCCUUCUUUGUAAUAUUAGUAUGCAGUGACCUACCUCAUGAGGUAGUGUGAGGAUGAUGAAGGUGAUAAGCAAAAUACUUCACAGUUCUUACUGAAAAUGUCUUGGAAAUUUUGGAUACUGAAAACUGGGGUGAGGAUAGAAUCGUGUCCAAAAAGACAAAGUCAUGUUCAAGCCCACUACUCUUAUUUACUAGACCAUCGAUAUUUAAUAGAGGAACAAACAAGAUUUCUUUAAGAAUAAAGUAUCAGAAGUUGAUGAAUGUAGGAUAUGCUAGCUUCCCACCAAAUUUAUAAAAUGGGUUCAGUGCUCUAGAACCCCUUCUGUCCACACUUCAGGAAGGACAGCUGCCUUUAUCCUAUUUUUACUGGUGCUCAUAGCUCCUAAAUCCAACUAGCUGUGUCUUUUUUCCUUGGUGCAAAAAAUGUUAAGGCUAACCUGGAUUUAAGAGAAAAGGCUGUCUCUUUCAAUCUCUGUCAGACACAAAUGACGACAAUUUGCUGAUGAUUGCUGCUUUCUAAUCUACCUUUUGCGCUAAAUAUGGGAGGAAAGGCUUUUCUCCCCCAGCUCCACCCCCUUCCUUAGGGCCUAAGGAAAAACACAGUGAAUGGAAGUGUGAAGACUACAACAGCAGACUACAGACACCCGUCCUUUGUGCUAUAAAGCCUGAGAUUAAAUCACGACUAGUAGAAUAAAGGUAAAGGUGUCCCCACA